AUGAGUAAGGAAGGUCGUUCAACAUCAAGACCUCCAUUGUUUGAUGGGACAAAUUACCAAAUUUUGAAGAACAAAAUGGAAGCCUUUCAGAUGCUUCAAGGUGAAGACGUUUCUGAUGCUGUUGAGUGUGCAUGGUCUCAUCCUAUGAAAACCAUUCAAGAUGAAGAUGGUGUUACUACUCUUGUGAAGAAACCGAAGAGAGAAUGGACGUUGAAUGAAAAAGCUGAAGCUUGGGACAUUCUGGAAAAUGCAUUUGAAGGUUCAACGCAAGUCCGAGAAUCUAAACUAGAUCAUGUAGAGACAUUGUUCGAAGGAAUGAAGAUGAAUGAGGACGAAACAAUCGUUGUUUACUAUAAUCGCUUUAUGGAUGUUGUCAAUCAAGCAGAAGCUCUUGGAAUACGCUUUGAGGAAAAGAGGCUGGUGAGGAAGAUGCUUAAAAGUCUCACAAAAAAUUUCAGGCCAAAGGUGAUUAUGCUCGAUGAACCACCAAAGCUGAAAAAUAUGACGUUGGAUGAAUUAUAUGGUACAUUGGUGAGCUAUGAAAUGAAUUAUCUUGAAGAUGAAACUCCAAAAAGCCUGGCUUUAAGUGUGGAGGACAUGGAGCUGAUCGAAUCUGAUGAGGAAAUGGCAUUUCUGAGUCGAAAACUUUCGAGGAUGAUUAAUGAGAAACGUGCAGCAAAGAUGAAAUAUGGGAAGCUUCAGAACCGUGGUGGCUAUCAUGCACCAAAUUACAGCAAGCCAAAAGAGAAGUUUGAUGGUGGAUUCAAGAAGAAGUUCACUGUGUCCCCUAAACCUGAAUCUGUCAAAGAGCCAAUAUGCUAUGGAUGUGGAGGAGUUGGUCACAUCAAGUCUGAAUGUCCGACAGUGAAGAAAAGGGAGAAAAGAGCAUAUCAAGCAACAUGGAGUGACAAUGAUGAAGAGGAAACUGUCUAUGUCGAGGAACAAGCUGAAGAUGAUGAAGUUGUUGCUUUUAUGGCCGAUGAAUCUGAAGCUAUUAAAAAUGAUGGUGCUUCUAUUGAUAAAGCUUUAGAGGAAUCCAUAGAACUUGAUGCUGAUGAGUUGAUUGAAGCCUAUGAGGAGAUGGUGUUAGAGCAAAAGAAAUCUGUGAAUGAUAAAUUAGAAGAUGAGAUCGAAGUUUUGAAGAAGGAUGUUGCUGUUAAAUCAACUGAAUCAGAUGCUUUGAGGAAUGAAAAUCUGAGACUAAAAGAUGAGAAUGAUCGUCUUCGGAAAGGAAAAGAAAAGGAAGAAACCAGCACCUGCUCAGACUCGGAACCAGAAAGGAACAAGAAAAAGAAUAAGACUGGAAAGUUCAUAAAAAAUCAGGUUACUAGAAAACAGUCUUCUCGAUCUACUGACUGCAACUACUGCAGACUUCCUGGUCAUGUUGUUGAAAGAUGUUACAAGUUAAUCAAGGAUGUAAUGAGUGGGAGAAACAUUCGAUGGCCUACAGAAGGAUUGAAGCAGAACAUCAAAGUCAGAUUGGUAUGGAUUCCUAAGAAGCAUCAUAAGCAAAUGGAAUGUAAUGUGAUUCUGUCGAGCCAAGAAUCUACACGAGUUGAUCGAUGGUACUUUGAUAGUGGAUGCUCUCGACACAUGACUAACCAAAAAGGGUUGCUGAAAAACCUUUUUGAAGACAGAAGCGGUGAUGUUAUCUUUGGUGAUGGUGCAAGAGGGAAAAUCAGUGGAUAUGGCAUUCUUGAGAAAGAAGGAACUCCAAGACUUUCAAAGGACUCCUGUGAAGUGUAUAAUGAUGAGCAGAAACGAGUCAUGACUAGUGUACGAUCAAAGAAUAACUGCUACUUGUUGGAAUACCCGAAGAUGGAAGCACUGAUCUUGAAGGAUGAUGAAACCAUGUUAUGGCACACCAGGUUGGGUCAUGUUAAUCCAUAG